CGCCUGCUGCAGCUCUCCAGGCCCGACCUGCCGGCGCUCGCCGCCGCCUUCUUUUUCCUGGUGCUCGCGGUGCUGGGUGAGACGUUCAUCCCUUACUACUCCGGUCGCGUGAUCGACAUCCUGGGUGGUGACUUUGACCCCGACGCCUUCGCCAGCGCCAUCCUUUUCAUGUGCCUUUUCUCCGUCGGGAGCUCACUGUCUGCAGGCUGCCGGGGAGGCUGCUUCGUCUUCACUAUGUCCAGAAUCAACUUGCGGAUCCGGGAGCAGCUCUUUGCCUCUCUUCUUCGCCAGGACCUUGGUUUCUUCCAGGAGACUAAGACAGGGGAGCUGAAUUCCCGGCUGAACUCGGAUACCAAGCUGAUGAGUUCCUGGCUUCCUUUAAAUGCCAAUUUGCUCCUGCGGAGCCUGGUGAAAGUGGUGGGACUGUACAGCUUCAUGCUCAGCCUGUCGCCCCGACUCACCCUGCUGUCCCUGCUCGAGGUGCCUCUCACGAUAGCGGCUGAAAAGGUGUACAAUGCCCGCCAUCAGGCCUUGCUUCUGGAGACCCAGGACGAGGUGGCGCAGGCCGGGCAGGUGGUGCGGGAGGCCGUCGGAGGGCUGCCGACCGUGCGCAGCUUUGGGGCUGAGGAGCACGAGGCCUGUCGCUAUGAGGAGGCCCUGGAACGGUGCCGGAAGCUGCGGUGGCGGGGAAACCUGGAAUGCGCCCUCUACCUGCUCUUCCGCAGGAUGCUGCACCUGGUGAUGCAGGUGCUGAUGCUCAGCUGCGGGCUGCAGCAGAUCCUGGCCGGGGCCCUCACCCGGGGCGGGCUGCUGUCCUUUCUGCUCUUCCAGGAAGACGUGGGUCACUACGUGCAGACCCUGGUGUACAUGUGCGGGGAUAUGCUGAGCAACGUGGGGGCGGCCGAGAAGGUUUUCAGCUACCUGGACAGACGGCCGAACCUGCCCCCGCCGGGGACUCUGGAGCCCGCCGCGCUGCGCGGGCUGGUGGAGUUCCAGGACGUGUCCUUUGCGUACCCCAGCCGCCCGGACCAGCCCGUGCUCAAGGGGCUGACGUUCACGCUGCGGCCCGGCGAGGUGACGGCGCUGCUGGGGCCCAACGGGUCCGGGAAGAGCACGGUGGCGGCCCUGCUGCAGAAUCUGUACCAGCCCACGGCGGGGAAGCUGCUGCUGGAUGGGGAGCCCCUUCCCCAGUAUGAGCACCGCUACCUGCACCGGCAGGGUGUCUGA